AUGCCGGACGACGGAUGGGCUUCAAUCUACAGCACCGACAAGGACUCACUACAGAAAGAUAACGUAUCCAUCCUCACGGAUGAAGUGCCUCUCCACAGGGACACCGAGUCCGUAUACGCACUCCCUGAAGCAGAGAAGGAGAAGGAGAAUUCACCUUAUGAGGAGGUCAGAGCGGCUGUCCCCAACUACGAUGAGGACUUGCCAGCCAACACAAUUCGAGCCUGGGUCCUGGGUCUACUGCUGUCCGUCUUUGGAGCAGCUGUCAACACUAUCUUUUCUCUCCGAAACCCUGUCAUUGGCGUUGGUGUCAUCGUCGCUCAACUCAUCGCGUACGUGCUCGGAAAUGCUUGGGCCAGGUUCAUUCCCUCCAAGCAGUACACCACAUAUGGCAUCAAAUGGAACCUCAACCCGGGACCCUUCAACGUUAAAGAGCAUGCCAUCAUCGUCGUCAUGGCCAACGUGUCCUUCGGCACCGCGUACGCCACGGAUAUCAUUCUGGCUCAGAAGGUCUUCUACAAGCAGGAUUUCGGAAUCGCAUUCCAGCUGCUUCUGACCAUUACAACAUCAAGCGUCGGAUAUGGUAUCGCUGGUAUCCUGCGCCGUUUCCUGGUGUACCCGGCAGCUAUGAUCUGGCCGAGCAAUCUGGUCAGCGUUAGCCUGCUGCAUGCGAUGCAUGAGAAGGAAGAGGAUCUCGACCCUACCGUUUUUGGCGGGAAUAUGUCGAAGUACAAGUGGUUCGGUGUCAUCUUCUUGGUGUCUUAUAUCUACUACUGGAUUCCUGGGUUUCUCGCACAGUUCCUAAGCAUCUUCGUAUUCAUGACCUGGGCCUUCCCGCAAAGCCCUGUUGUGAACCAAGUUUUUGGAGGCACCACAGGUCUGGGUCUGCUACCAUUGACCUUUGACUGGACUACAAUAACUGGUUUCACUGGAAAUCCAAUGAUUCCACCAUGGCAUGCAAUUGCAAACACAUUAAGCGGCAUCUUUAUUUUCUACAUUAUCGGAUCGCUCGGUCUCCACUACAGCGGCGCAUGGUAUGCGAAGUUCCUCCCAAUGAGCGAUUCUACAACAUACGACAACACAGGUCUGAGCUAUAAUACGUCGCGCGUUACGACGCCCCAGCUCACGCUCAACGAAGCGGCGUACAAGGGAUACUCUCCGCUCUUUCUAUCUACGACCUUUUCCUUGAGCUAUGGCUUAUCCUUCGCAACAAUCGCAUCAGUCGUUGUCUACACGCACCUCAAUUACCGCCACCUCAUCGUUAGUCAGUUCAAGAACUCGAAGAGUGAGAAAGCAGAUAUCCAUAUGAGGCUCAUGUCAAAAUAUAAGGAAGUACCGGAGUGGUGGUACGGAGCGCUUUUCCUGCUGAUGUUUGCUCUGUCUCUAGUUGUCGUCCUCGCCUACCCGACAGAGUUCACGUGGUGGGCGUUCCUGAUUUCGAUCAUCUUUGCUACCGUCAUGUCGCUCCCAAUUGGCAUCAUCCAGGCCAUUACGAACUUGCAGAUUGGACUGAAUGUCAUUACGGAGUUUAUCAUGGGGUACAUGCAGCCCGGCAAGCCUUUGGCGCUCAUGAUGUUCAAGACUUAUGGCUACAUCACGGCAAGUAGCGCACUGGGAUUCGUUGGGGACCUAAAAUUUGGCCACUACAUGAAAAUCCCUCCGCGAACCAUGUUCACAGCCCAAGUCGUGGCGACCACGCUCUCGUGCUUUGUUCAAAUCGGCAUGUUGAACUUCUCUCUAAACAACAUCGAAGGCAUCUGCACCCUCGAGCAGAAACAACGUUUCUCCUGUCCUGGUGGUCGAGUCUUCUACUCCGCAUCUAUCAUCUGGGGUCUCCUUGGCCCGCAGCGCAUGUUCAGCCCGGGCCAAAUCUACGCCGCCCUCCUAUUCUUCUUCCCCGCCGGCGCCAUCAUUACCGUCAUCAUUCACUUCGCCGGCAAGAGAAUCCGUCCUCUUCGCUUCGCCAUGACGCCUCUCAUCUUCGGCGGCGGCCAGGGUAUCCCGCCGGCGAGCCCGCUCAACUACAUGACCUGGGGCAUUGUCGGGUUCAUCUUCCAGAAGUAUGUGAGGACCAGGCACUUUAGGUGGUGGUCCAGGUUGAAUUAUCUGACUGCUGUGGGGUUGGAUACGGGGCUGGCGAUUAGUACGCUGACGAUUUUCUUUAUUUUUACGAUUAAUCGGAUUGACCCGCCACAGUGGUGGGGCAAUACUGUCAUGGCCACGACGAUGGAUAAUCAGAACACCGCUAUCCAAAGCCCGGUUCCCGAGGGUCAGACUUUUGGGCCCAAGGUCUGGUGA